CGCACCGUGGAGAUACUUAAUCCUCCUGUUGCGCCAUGGAGAACUCAAGCGCGCAGGCAGCUGCCAUCAUGGACUUUAUCUCGUACAAUUUGAAGCAAACAGUGGAUUCACAGCGCGUUUCGGAGGGAUUUUUUUUCCUGGAAGGCGGCGCACUCAGGACUGACGCUGGGGUUGGAUUUAUGACCGCUCCCCAGACCGAACCUCCUCACCUGGUGCCUGCCUUCUGGGACUCCCCGCUCAGCCACGGCAUCAAUGUGUUCGUCGGACUGGUCCUCUGCUUCACCAUGCUGGGCCUGGGCUGCACCGUGGAGGUGAGCCAGCUCGGGGAACAUAUCCGCAGGCCCAUCGGGGUGUUGCUGGCUCUGGUGUGUCAGUUUGUCAUCAUGCCUCUGGUGGCUUUUCUUCUGGCUUUAGCCUUCUCUCUGGAUGAAGUGCCGGCGAUGGCGGUCCUCCUGUGUGGCUGCUGUCCUGGUGGGAACUUGUCAAACAUCAUGUCCCUGCUGGUUCAAGGAGAGAUGAACCUCAGCAUCAUCAUGACCAUAUCCUCCACCCUGCUGGCGCUGGUCCUGAUGCCCCUCUGCUUCUGGCUCUACAGUCGGGCCUGGACCAACACGCCCGUGGUCAACCUGCUGCCCUUCGGUGCCAUCAUCCUGACCCUGUGCAGCACCCUCAUCCCCAUUGGUUUGGGUGUUAUGCUGAGAUACCGCCACACACGUGUGGCCGACAUUGUUUUAAAGGCUUCCCUUUGGUCUCUGCUGGUCUCCCUGGUGAUGCUGUUCGUCCUGACAGGGGUGAUGCUGGGCCCGGAGCUGCUCUCCACCAUCCCUCCCUCCGUGUACGUGGUGGCCGUGCUGAUGCCUCUGUGCGGGUACGCCGCGGGCUACGGCCUGGCCGUGCUGUUAGACCUGCCCCCCAGCAGCCGCAGGUCUGUCUCCCUGGAGACGGGGUGUCAGAACGUGCAGCUGUGCACCGCCAUCCUGAAGCUGGCCUUCCCUCCUCAGCUGAUGGGCGGGAUGUACAUGUUCCCUCUGCUGUACGCGCUCUUCCAGGCAGCCGAGGCCGGCAUCUUCAUCCUGGCCUACAAGCUGUACAGGAAGGAGGUUCUGCAUAAAUCAGACCCCACGAUGGACGGCGGCGAAUCAGACAUAUCGUAUCAAAGGUUCCGUGACGAGGACUUUGAACCGUCUUACGGUGCUGUGACCGUGAGCGACCCGAACACAAUCAUGCUAGAGCCCUGCCCUCCUGACCCCACUCCUGUUUAAUAUUUUAGGAAUCAACAUUUCUUUGCUGCUGCUCUUAGGAAAUGAGACCAGAACAUUUUGGUUGCUGUCGUUCAUUAAAUGAAAAAAAAAAAGAAACUAACAAACAGGGAGAUGAAUGUGAAAGAUUGAUGUGGGUGCUUUAUGUCAUGAGCUUAAUUCAUUCAAGUUAAUCACUGUUGCCUUUUAAAACGAAACAAUACUGUUGUUUUCUGUGGAGUAAAAAAAAAAAUCAUUCACAAAGAUUUAUGACCAUGUGUAAGUGAUGAUUUAAAUAACAUAUCAAAGCCUGUGCCAAGCUGUAUCUGUACAUUACUGUAUAGAGCAAUUAAAGAUCUAUAUGUAGUCUACUUGUUUUUCUUUUUACAUCCGUCAAUGUUGCACUACUGUCAUCUCUUGGAUUUUGCUGCCCAUCAUUUCCUUUCCUCCAAUUUGCUUAAUGAGUCCAAUACUUUACAGAAAACAAAAUAUCUUUCCGUUUCCUGCUUUACU